GCUUUCCAUAACCAUUUAUAUUUCGUGUCAACAAAGAAAAAGACGAAGCAUUGUUUACUCGUCUAUUUCCAAAUGGCAACCAGAUUGGCAAUUAGCCGACUCGGAAUUACUCGCUCCAUGGAGUCAACUCGCGGAGCAACUCGCUACUUCAGCGACGGCAAGGGCCGUGUCUUGAGCGAAGAGGAACGUGCUGCUGAGAACGUCUACAUCCAGAAAAUGGAGAGGGAGAGGUUGGAAAAGCUGAAACAGAAGGCUGAGAAAGAGAAGGCAGCCAAAGAGAAGGAGAGUGCUGAAAAGCCAUUUUACUAAAUAUGGGGAAAAGUUCAGCUCUAGGUGAUUAAAUUUUGCGAUUCAGCUCCGUGGUUUGGCACUUCAGUUCUGUUGCUUAACUGUUUUCUCUUUCAACAGAAAACUGAAGAUAAGCCAUAAGUGUUGAAUUCAUCAUCUACACUUGGCAAGGACCAUCUUGAUGUGGAAACAAUCAUUCAGAAAUAAAUGUGACUUCAAGUCUUGUGAAAUAUGAUCUUGUAUAGUGUUGAUCUUGCUAAUGUCUCAGGAACUGUGAUAAACAUAACCUUUUUGUAUGCGGUUGUUUUUCUUCUAAACUGAUGUUUCUCUAAUCGUUUAAUCAUCUGAGACUCAUAGUUCAUGCUUGCACCUUUUGCA